CAGACAAAAAAGGUCAAAACAAAAAAAUAAAAAUAAAAACCCUACCUUCGGGAAUCUUCGGCUCCCCCGGCGGUAGGCAGCGCCAGCCUCCCCACUCCACCGCUCGCGUCCGGCGACGACCUCCUCUCCUCCGCUAUGAUGGAACUGGAUCCCCGCCUCUACGAGAACGUCUCCGUCAGCGAUACUGAUGUUCGCGAUGUUGUGCUAUCUUAUCUUAUGCACAACUGUUUUAAGGAGACUGCAGAGACCUUCCUAUCCAGCACUGGGCAGAAGUUACCUGUUGAUUAUACCGUGGAUGUUGAUAAGCGUAAAGCAAUUUUAAAUUUUGUGUUGGAAGGGGAUUCCCUGAAGGCAAUAGAACUGACAGAAGAGUUGGCACCCAACUUGCUAGAGAAUGAUAUGGAUUUACAUUUUGAUCUUUUAAGUCUUCACUUCAUUGAGCUAGUUCGUUCCAGAAAAUGCACAGAAGCUCUUGAGUUUGGCCAGAAAAGGUUGACACCAUUUGGGAAAGUGCCCAAGUAUGUUGUGAAAUUAGAGGACUUUAUGGCCCUCCUAGCUUAUGAAGAGCCUGAGAAGUCACCUAUGUUUCAUCUACUAAGCCCAGAGUACAGGCAGAAUGUUGCAGAUAGCUUGAAUCGGGCUAUUCUUGCAAAUGCUAAUCUACCAGCAUAUUCAUCAUUGGAGAGAGUGAUACAGCAGUCUACUGUGGUUAGACAAUACCUACAACAGGAAGUUGGCAAGGAUUCUUACCCACCGUUUUCUUUGAAGGCCUUUCUGAACAAGUAAGGUGCACCCAAUCAACCUUCAGAAAGGUUCCACCUCCAGGCCUUUGGACUCCUGUGCUCUCCCAAGAGCGGAAAACAACACCUUAAUUUAUACAAUGCUCCGUUAGAGAGAACAACGAGAUGCACAUAUUGAGAGAACCGCCUUCUGCAGUGACCUGACUUUAUCAUCCGUGACAGUUGUACCUUCGAAGAGGGAUGUUGUAUCUUCUUUCCCUAGUUGAUCUUCUUUUUACCCUUAGACAGUCGUUAAAGGAUUGUACAUAUCAGAACGUUUAGGUAUUUUCUGCAUGUUCGCCCGGAGUGCCUAGUUUAAGUCAAUUUGCUUCC